AAGGGGGCGCUUCGAGAAGUGUCAAACCCAAUUUUUUAGAGGUUAUCUCAACCAACAAUAAUAAUCAAUCAUGAGUCAUUUAUUUUGAUUAAAAGAGUUAAACGUGAUAAUUUUAAUAAACAGAUGUUCAAAUACAUCGAGAAAUGCGUUGCAAACAGUGUGGUUCCUCGUUUCGCCUCUCUAUUUGGAUAAUGCAGUGUGGGGAAUGUAGAGACCAGUAUUGCACAAAGUGUAUGAAGAGAGGAGUGAAUGGGAUAUGCUACUGCGAGAAAUGUACUGUGUUAAUUACAAGGCCUCCGGACAUUAAUGAACUGAUGAAACUAAAGCCCAAAGACUUGCAAGAAUACUUGAACCGUCACAACAUUGCAACGGUUGGUUUAGUCGAAAAACGCGAAUUGGUGGACCUCCUCUGCAACCGCAGCAUCCCCGUCAAGAGCACGAAAAGUUCCACAGUCCUAAACAAAAUCUUCAGUAAUUUCGAAUCGGUUCUAAGCCUCCCGGACCGACUCAACGGUCAAGUGGACCGUAGACCCCGCCCCGCGGAACGCCCGGUCUACGCCUCCAGCAGCUCAGGGAAUCUAUUCACCGAUUCUAGAUUCAAUGAGAGCCAAACUUCGAACACUCUGCCUAAGGAGCGGCGGCCGCCGCCCCCACGACCGCCUAGACCGCCGCAGCCACAUCUCAACCGUCCCCACCCCACGGCGCCGCCCGACCCUCUCCAACCGACAACCUCGGCGGCGGAAUCGAGUCCCGUCCUCCCGAAAAUCCCCAAAUUGUCUGACUACGCCAGCGCGGACGACUUGGGGGCGCUGUCUGCGAAAGAGUUGAAAGUGCUGCUAGCGUACAAUAGGGUGGAUUAUAAAGGGUGUGUUGAGAAGGCGGAGCUCCUGGAGAAGGCGGGGCGUUUGUGGCAGGACGAUCAUAAGCAGAAAGAGGAUUUGACUGAGAACAUGGAGGAUCUGUGCAAGCUGUGCAUGGAUGCGCCGCUGGAUUGUGUUUUGUUGGAGUGCGGACAUAUCGCCACUUGCAUCGACUGUGGGAAGAAGUUGGCGGAAUGUCCGAUCUGUAGGCAAUACGUUUCGAGGGUGGUUAGAACUUUUAAGGCUUAGGUUUUUAAGGAAGUAAAGUGAUCAAAUUUGCACAAGCAAAGUCUAGUUAUUAGAUGGAAAAAGUUUAUCAGUGUUACUUUUUAUUCGUUGAAAUCUUUUCAUGAUUCGUAUUGUAUGUUAAAUUCGGAAAAUAUAGUAUUUCUAAUAA